UGCGCAGCAGAAUUUAAAAUUACAGACAGGGAAGAUCAUCGUUCUGGCUGCAAUUCGGCAACAUAAGUGUGCACGAUGGGAGUUUGUUCCGUCAUGCGCUCUUUACCAUCAACUAUCCACUCGUUUAAACAUUAAGUCAUGUCUACACGAAGGGCACGUACUAUUGAAUCUCAGGCUUCGUCGGCGAGCCUUCUCCCUCGAAGCUCGUUUCUCAAUGACCGCAGAGUUUCAGACUUCGGGGAGACGCCAUAUACCUUGACCAACUCAACAAUGCUGUCUCUAUCCGAAAAAUUUUCCCUUUCCGCCGACCCUACCACAUGGGGUGCAGACUUGUCUCCGAACUAUCAUGAACCUGACGAUGCUCUUCACAAUCCUACCGUGCGCAGUGGCAAGAUCGUAGACGACGAUGUUCUAUCUUUCUCAAAGAGAGGCGUGGCUAACGUCGGAUGCCUUGUGAUCCUUUGCGCUGGCCUGUUAGCCUUAUUUGUCGCAUAUCCUAUUCUAACAUACGUACAAGAGCAAUCUUCGUCGUCUUCUUCUUCAAACUUGGGAGUCAAUGCAUCGGGGCAGGUCCCCGAAAUUGGAAACUUUGGCCUCAUAGAUUUAGAUACCCCAGAAGACGCAUAUACCUUCACAUCUUGGAGAGACAGUUCGGAGUGGCAGCUCGUAUUCUCCGACGAGUUCGAAACGGAUGGGCGGACUUUUUAUCCAGGUGAUGAUCCCUAUUGGGAAGCUGUGGACCUCCAUUACUGGGGUACGAAUAACAUGGAAUGGUAUGAUCCAGCGGCCAUAACUACGGCGAAUGGAUCUCUGCACAUCACAUUGUCGGAAAAGUUGACCCAUGAUCUCGACUAUCAAGGAGGGAUGGUGGCGACAUGGAAUAAAUUCUGCUUCACAGGCGGAUACCUGUCUGCUUCCGUUCGACUGCCAGGAAUAAGUAACGUUGUAGGACUGUGGCCUGCUGUGUGGUCCAUGGGUAAUUUGGGACGUGCUGGCUAUGGUGCAACCCUCGAUGGAAUGUGGCCAUACACAUAUGAUGCUUGCGACGUUGGCACGGCCCCAAAUCAAACCAUUAACAGCCUGCCGAAAGUCGCCACAACCAGUGGCUACUCCAGCGUCAACUACGAACUUUCAUACUUGCCUGGCCAGCGACUCUCACGAUGCACAUGUAGUGGCGAGAGCCAUCCAGGUCCCAAACACUCCGAUGGGACCUAUGUCGGGCGUGCCUCCCCCGAAAUUGACGUGUUUGAAGCACAGGUUAGCGAUGAUAUCGGACAAGUAUCGCAAUCUGGGCAAUGGGCGCCAUUUAAUGAGGGAUAUGUCUGGGAUAACAGUACCGAUAAUCUCAUCAUUGCAAAUAGCAGCAUAUCAACGUUGAACUCGUAUAUUGGCGGCUCGACACAGCAGGCGACAUCGGUUGUAUCGAUGUCAAAUUCAAGCUGUUACCAAUUGUCUGACGGUUGCUUCACGACCUAUGGUUUCGAGUAUAAACCUGGUUACAGCUCAGAUAAUGCCUACAUCACAUGGAUAAAUAAUGGCAAGGUCGCUUGGACUAUCAACGCUGCUGGAGUCGGAGCUGAUACUAAUACCGAAAUCUCCGCAAGGCCUGUACCCCGAGAGCCGCUGUACAUCAUGGCCAAUCUUGGAAUGUCAACCAACUUUGGAGAUGUGGAUUUGGACCAUCUAACGUUUCCCGCGAUCAUGUCAAUAGACUGGAUUCGCGUAUACCAGGACCCCAAUAACAUUAAUGUUGGUUGUGACCCAAGUGAUUUCCCUACCGCCGCAUACAUAGAAACGUAUGCUGAGGCGUAUAAUAACCCUAACUUGACAACAUGGGUUGAUGAUUAUGGCCAGACAAUCCCUAAGAAUUCUCUUGUGGAUGGUUGCUAACAUUUCUUGACUCGUUACUUGUGUGAAUUAUAUGUUGUAUGAAGGAUCGACCAUUUUAGCAUAACAACCACUGCUAUAGAGUGCUUCAUGCUACGGUAACGUAAACACCGUACACGCCGACAGAUGUUGCAGCACUUACGCGACGUUUUCUUCGAGCUCCCCAAAUAGUCCUCAUUA